GGCGCUGCAGUGAACAGUGAAACGUUAGCUCCUCGUAAAAAGUAUUUUAAAUAUACAAUUAACGCAAUUUAGCUGUUCUUAAUGUGUUACAUAUGUAAAUCCUUGUGCAACUCAUGAGUGGAAACGUUUGUAAAACUAUAUAGUUCCAGGAAGUGUGAAAGUUUCCGUGUUUUAGUGCCACCCGAUAGGACUUCAACAUACACAAAAAAACUGAGUGGAAGUGAUGAUAAACCAAGAAAUAAUACUCAAUUAAUGCCCUACACGUACUAUAAACUGAUUUAAGGAAGAAAUAGUUCAUAAAAGUGGAUUUAAAAGUGUUAAACAUUUCGCAAAUCAAUUCAAAUUAGUAGAAACAUACAACAUCUUCUUUUGAGGGUGGCACAAAAAUAAAAACAGUGACGCAUUAACGGGCAACGCAGUUAAACAAAGCGGACAAAUAGCAUAUUAAAAUUUCAUCGUCAAGCUACCAACAACUGUGGCUCAGCGGUCGAACGAUCGGAUCAUCUCCAACUAAAAUCGACAUACGCCGCUGGUUCGAUCCCCGGUCCGUGAUUUAUAAAAGUUUUUCAAAAUUAUCAGAUCGGUGAGAAUAUUGUAAAAAAAAUAAAAAAAAAAAAAAAAAAAAAAAAAAAUUAUAAUAAUAAUAAUAAAAAAAAAAAAUAAAAAAAAAAUAAAAAAAAAAAAUUACUUAGUUGACUUAUAAAGGGUAUACCUAAUAAAAUAUUCUCACCAGUCAUGGAAGACAUAAAACGCUUGCUCAAGGCUAUUCAAAACGAUAUCAACGAGACGAAAGACAGUGUUAAAAAUAGUGAAACAACUCUACUGAAGAAAAUAGAUGAAAAAUUUGAUCACGUACAAGAACAGUUACAAGCACUGGAAAUAACAGUCCAAACACAGGAACGCCGACUAGACUUUCUCGAAAAACAAAUAAGAACCAGAAAUAUCAUAAUUUUUGGCGUAGAAGAAAAAGAACGCAGCUACCAAGACCUUUUAAAAAUAAUACUGGAAAUAUUUAAUUUGAACAUGAAAGUAAAUUGCACAGCUUCAGAAAUUGAAUUCAUGGGCAGAAAGGGUAAAAAAAGUAGUAAAACUAGACCAGUUAUGAUAACACUAACCACACUCGGUAAGAAAAUUGAAAUUUUAAAAAAUAAAAAGUUGCUAGAGAAGACUAACUAUUAUAUCAAAGAAGAUUAUCCACCUAAAGUUCUAGAAAUAAGAAAGGAAUUACAAGAAAAAGUAAAAGUAGAAAAAGAAAAAGGAAACAUAGCAUAUAUCAAAUACGACAAACUUAUUAUCCUCCCACAGAAAGAAAACCGCGAACAAGGAAAAUCUCGCAACAAACGCAACUUAUCUAUAACACCCCCCGAUAAGCAAAACAAACAUACUAAAAAAACGAGUGAAGGUAAUCCAACACAUUUACAGAAAAAGAACACCCUAUCAUCAUAUUGGACUCCUAAGCAAACACCGAAGUCUACGCGUGAUGAAGCUUUCUUCUCUCCAGAGCCAAGUGCAAGCCUUCAAAUGAUAGAGAAAGAUGAAUAGCAAUUACGACAAAGGAACCCUCUCCCUCCUCCAACACGGCUGGUCACCGAGGAGGAGUACGACCAAAACCCUCCAGCUAUACAUAAUAAAAUAAAUAAAAACUGCUCCCAAGCAAAUACAAAAUCGUUACGAAAACUAUCUUUAAAAAUUUGCACCUACAACGUAAGGUCACUUGCGUCUGUAGAAAGAUAUAUAGAACUACAACAAGCAUUACAAAAAAUUAAAUUCGACAUUUUAGGCCUAGCUGAAGUCAGACGAGAAGGCUGUAAUAUAGAAGAACACCUUGACCACAUAUUCUACUAUAAGGGUGAAAAAGCAGGGCACCAUGGGGUAGGUUUUUUAGUCAAGAAAAAACACAAAGAUAACAUCAUUAGUUUUACCGGAUUCUC